UGCUCGGACGGCUGCUCUGUUUCUUCACGUCUUACCGACCAGUCAAACAGAACGAGAUCUAAUCGAUCAAUGGAAGAGGUCGAGCAGAAGAGGCCUGUGAUUUUCAAAGACAUUAGGAGAUAUUGCUGCGAGUUCUGUGGUAUUUUCCGUUCCAAGAAAACGCUCAUCACUUCUCAUAUCCUUUCCCAUCACCAGGAUGAGCUCAAAUCGAAAGGCGAAUCUGAUGAUUCGGGUGAAAAUCUGCCAAAAAUUCACACGUGUGAAGAGUGCGGCGUGAGCUUCAGGAAAUAUGCUUAUUUGAAGCAGCAUAUGCGAAGUCAUUCCCUUGAGUAUUGUGUGUGGUCUUGCAGAUUGAGAUUUAAAAGUUUAAUUGAUUAUCCAUUGUCAGAAGUGUGAAGCAUUGGAUCCCAUACAAUGAACUCCAAAAUGCGCUGAGGCAUUCAUAUGAUCUUGAAUGGAAUAGUACCAGGUAGGGGGACCUCCUGAGAAGCUCCAUCAAGUGGGCCUGAAUCACGCUGUAUUUUUCCGAGACCAUUCACAUGCCCGGUAGAUGACUGCAAGUCUAGCUACAGAAGAAAGGAUCACCUGACUAGACAUCUUCUUCAGCAUAAGGGCAAGCUGUUUAAUUGUCCAGUUGAUGGUUGUGGCCGGAAAUUUAGUUAUAAUAGUAAUGCUAAGCGUCAUGUACUGGAGAUGCAUGACCAGUGUUCUACAAGUGAUGAUGCUGAACCACCAAAGCAGCAGCAUGUGUGCACCGAAGUUGGUUGUGGAAAGUCUUUCAAGUAUCCAUCCCAAUUAAAGAAACAUGAAGAUUCUCAUGUGAUGCUAGAGACAGUUGAAGCAUUUUGUGCGGAACCUGGGUGCUUAAAACAUUUCACUAAUCAACAAUGCCUUAAAGAACACAUUCAGUCCUCCCACCAACACAUUGUCUGUGAGACAUGUGGAACAAAGCAACUGAAGAAGAAUAUAAAGCGCCAUCUUCGGAAACAUGAAGCUCAGCCUUCGUCAGAGAGAAUCAAGUGUGAUUUUAAGGACUGUGAGCAUACAUUUGCAACAAGAUCAAAUCUAAAUCAGCACAUCAAAGCUUUUCACCAAUCACUGAAGCCAUUUGUCUGCAGUAUUUCUGGCUGUGGUGCGAGAUUUUCAUUCAAGCAUGUGAGAGAUAAUCAUGAAAAGUCUGGAUGCCACGUUUGCACUGAAGGAGACUUUUUAGAGACUGAUGAGCAAUUCCGUUCAAGGGAAAGAGGUGGUAGGAAAAGGAAGCUUCCUGUUUUGGAGACUUUGAUGAGUAAAAGAGUUGUCCCUCCAAGAGAUACUGAUCCUAUUCUUGAACACGGUCCAGAAUACUUGGCUUGGUUGCUGUCUGCUGGUUCACAAGUUGAAUCCUGAGUUGUCCUUGGCCUGUCCCGUUAGAGUAUAUAAAUGUGUUUAUGCCUGUUAAGGGGUUAUUAUAGGAGGGUUUGAAGAUUACAUGAGUUUAUUUUGGCUGUAGUGAAAAUGUGUUAAACUUUUUAACGUUAUUAAUGCAAUGUAAAUGAAAUUUUGCAACAUGAAGCCAUAACCAUAUGAAACGCAUUAAUAUACUAGGUAAGAUUCAGC